GGCUGAUUUCUUGGACCCUUCAUUGUGUUGCUUCUACAUUGCAAUAUUAGAAGCAAUGGCAAAAGAAUUCAUAAAAAACUGCUGCAAAAGAUGUUUCUACAUGGAAAAGGAAAAAAAUGAUUAUGAACUUGACUUUUUACAGUAUCUACACUUCUUACUAUUCCCUCAUUUGAAGAUUAAACUCAUACUGAACAGCAUUAGUAAUCUGUUGGAAAAUAGCUUUGUUAUAUUUGGUGUGUUCUGGAAGAGGGAUGAGGAAACUCUUUUGCACCAAAAGCAGUUUCCAUGGAGAAGGAAUCUGAAGCAGCAACCACAAGCAGGCCAAGCAUUGUGGAGAAACCUCCAUUGUCUUCUGUGUCGGUGAGGCGGCAAGUUGGGUGUUCAGAGGAUUAUCUCCUUUCCAAAAUGCCAUCAGAUGGCAGAGAGGUCCCUUUUGUGGUCCCGCCUUUUAAACUAGCUUAUAUACAACCCAAGAGCCUGGGGAGUUCAUCACAUAUUGGGGGAAUUGAAGGAUAUGCUAGAGCUUCUUUUGGUGACCGAAAAGCAGAACUAUCCAGUAUGUACCAACAAGGAGCCCACUAUGAAGUCUACAAUCCAUUCUAUAUGCAACAGCACACUUCACCAGAUCCAACUAGGCGCUUCCCAGAAAAAUCAGAUAACGGGAGAUUAUACGGAUCAGUAUGUGAUUUAAGAAGUAGCACAGUCCCCGGGUCACCAGACUUAAGUCGUUCAAUGCUUGAUCUUACAAGUCCACCCCACAGAUUCAUUAAGAGGUAUGAUUCACUGUCCAGUGUGCCUAGCAGCACCUCUUCAAUGAAGGAUUCACAUGGCAGUAACAGGAGUCUGGAUACGUUAUCAGGUGACGAACGAGACUUUGGAAGACUGAACAUCAAGUUGUGUUAUGUUACUUCUGUAGAACAGAUCUGGAUUACACUCUUGAAUUGCAAAGACCUGUCCUGGCCUUCUAGCUACGGAGAAAAUAUUUCCAUUUCUGUCAAGGGAAUCCUUACACUGCCAAAGCCAGUGCAGUUCAAGUCCUCAGCCAAAGAAGGUUCCAGCGACAUCAAAUUCAUGGAAACCUUUGUGUUUGCUAUUAAACUGCAAAAUCUUCAGCCUGUCAGAUUAGUGUUUAAAAUCCAAACUCAGACUCCCAAGAAGAGAACAAUUGGAGAGUGCUCUGUGUCACUGCGAGAACUCAGCUCCCAGGAAUCUAACUAUUGGCUUCAUAUAACCCCUCCUUCCAAAAUUGCAGUGUGCCAUGCUGAACUUCAAAUAGGAACCUGUUUUCAAGCAAUAAACAGCAGAAUUCAGUUACAGAUUCUUGAAGCGCAAAACCUGCCAACUUCAUCUACACCUCUGUCCCUAAAUUUUUUUGUGAAAAUUUCAAUGUUCAGUACAGAAGGGCUGAUAUACAAGAAAAAGACUCGUUUACUGAAGGCUACCAAUGGCCAAGUGAAGUGGGGAGAAACAAUGAUUUUUCCAGUUAACCAGAAUGAACACGAAAUUAGUUUUCUCAUCAAACUCUACAGCAGGAGCUCAGUGAGAAGAAAACACUUUCUGGGACAGGUCUGGCUAAGUUCUGAUGGCAGUAGCAGUGAAACAGCUGAUCAGUGGAGAGAUACAAUCACAAACCCUGAAAAGGUUGUCAUUAAAUGGCACAAAGUCAGUCCAUCUUGAAGAUGUCAGAGACAGGACUCGGAACUGAUGUGAACUUUAUACAAGAUACUUCUGCAGUGUUAAAGUGAAGGAAUAAAAAUAUAGUGCCUACUUGAGUGUUCCAGGGACCCAUGCCCUGCACCACAUAACAUUAACCAGAAAAAUUUCAAAGGCAGAAGAGACCAGAUUUUCAUGAAGAGUAAUUCUGGCAAGAUGCUUGAAAUACAGAAA